GUCAUGCGUGUUUUGGUCCUCUUCGCCCUUUUGGGCCUGGCCGCAGCCGUCCCUAGGAACCCACAACGCAUUGUGGGGGGCACUCCCACCACCGUGGAGGAAUACCCUUACAUGAGCAACAUGCAAUACGGGUGGUGGGGCAUCUGGUGGAGUCAGGCUUGCGGUGGCUCCCUCAUCAACUCACAGUCCGUCCUCUCGGCGGCGCAUUGCUACUACGGCGACCGUCCUACCGAUUGGCGAGUUCGCCUCGGCACGUCGCUGGCGUCGAGCGGCGGCACCGAGCACGGAGUGUCCCAGCUGAUCGUGCACGCCGGGUACAGUCCCAAUACCCUCGAUAACGACAUUGCUAUCAUCCGCCUCGCCACCCCCGCCGUAUACAGCAACAGCGUGGCUCCCGCCGGCAUCGCUGGUCCCAACUACAACCUCAAUGAUGGCACUGUAGUUUAUACCAUCGGAUGGGGCACUCUCACCAGCGGCGGCAGCGCCCCUGAGCAGCUCCAGCAUGUGGACAUCAACAUUAUCAACCAAGACUUCUGCUCCGCCCAGUACGCAUGGCUGAAGACCCAGCCUGGCUUCCAGAACUGGCCCGAUAUCACCGAUAAUAUGCUGUGCGCUGGCAUCCAGCACGUCGGUGGCAAGGAUGCCUGCCAGGGCGACUCCGGUGGCCCUCUUGUCCACGUUGUUCAACCCAACAACGUCGUAGUCGGUAUCGUAUCCUGGGGCUACCAGUGCGCCCACUCUGACUUCCCCGGUGUCAACGCUCGCGUCAACAGUUUCAUAGACUGGAUCCUCGCCAACGUCUAA